GCCGGCCGGGCAGCCGUUAAGCGCCCUCUCUGCUGUGCGGGUCUCUGUUGCGCGCUGGGUGCUCCGCCAAGCUCCCUUUCUUGCCGCCCCCGCCGCUCCUUUUGAAAAAGCCAUCUGCCCCCCCGUUCUCCAGCAAGCAGCCUUGCCACUAGCAAAAAGAUCGCCAUGGAUGAUGAUAUCGCUGCCCUCGUGGUUGACAAUGGCUCCGGAAUGUGCAAAGCCGGUUUUGCCGGGGACGACGCCCCUCGCGCAGUGUUCCCCUCCAUCGUUGGUCGCCCCAGACACCAGGGUGUGAUGGUUGGCAUGGGCCAGAAGGACAGCUAUGUUGGUGAUGAGGCACAGAGUAAAAGAGGCAUCUUGACCCUGAAGUACCCCAUUGAACACGGCAUUGUCACCAACUGGGAUGACAUGGAGAAGAUCUGGCACCACACCUUCUACAACGAGCUGAGAGUCGCCCCAGAAGAGCAUCCUGUGUUGCUGACAGAAGCUCCCCUGAACCCCAAAGCCAACAGAGAAAAGAUGACGCAGAUCAUGUUCGAGACUUUCAACACCCCAGCCAUGUACGUAGCCAUCCAGGCCGUGCUGUCCCUGUACGCCUCCGGCCGCACGACAGGCAUCGUGAUGGACUCUGGCGACGGCGUCACCCACACUGUGCCCAUCUACGAAGGCUACGCCCUGCCCCACGCCAUCCUCCGUCUGGACCUGGCGGGCCGCGACUUGACCGACUACCUCAUGAAGAUCUUGACCGAGAGAGGCUACAGCUUCACCACCACGGCCGAGAGGGAAAUCGUGCGCGACAUCAAAGAGAAGCUCUGCUACGUUGCGCUGGACUUCGAGCAGGAGAUGGCGACCGCGGCAUCCAGUUCCUCCCUGGAGAAGAGCUAUGAGCUUCCUGACGGCCAAGUGAUCACCAUCGGCAACGAGAGGUUCAGAUGCCCAGAAGCCCUCUUCCAGCCCUCUUUCCUGGGUAUGGAAUCCUGCGGCAUCCACGAAACCACCUUCAACUCCAUCAUGAAGUGCGACGUGGACAUCCGUAAAGACCUGUAUGCCAACACCGUCCUGUCCGGCGGCACCACCAUGUACCCAGGCAUCGCUGACAGAAUGCAGAAGGAGAUCACAGCCCUGGCCCCCAGCACAAUGAAAAUCAAGAUCAUUGCUCCACCAGAGCGCAAAUACUCUGUCUGGAUUGGCGGUUCCAUCCUUGCCUCCCUGUCGACCUUCCAGCAGAUGUGGAUCAGCAAGCAGGAGUACGACGAAUCUGGGCCCUCCAUCGUCCACCGCAAAUGCUUCUAAAACAGGACUUAGUUACCAUGAUAACAAUUACCCCCCUUUUUUGACAAAAAACCCCAUUACUGCGCGUUUAAAAAAAGUGAGAGUUGAGAUUGGCAUGGCUUUCUUUGUUUUGGCGCUUGACUCAGGAUAUAAAACUGGAACGAUGAAAAGUUGACGGCAACAGUCUUUUAGAAAAAUAAUAAUUGUGUUGGAGCGAACAUCCCCCCCCCAAAGUUCUGCAAUGCAUCUGAGGACUUUGAUUGUACAUUUGUGUUCUUCCUCUUCCUUCCUUUUUUUUAAAUAGUCAUUCCAAAUAUUGUACCACGCAUUGAGAGGAAGUUAAACCGGCCUCUGCAGAGGCAGCAGCCCAGCUUUUGAAGGAGCAGGAGUACUUUUUGGUCUUGCAGGAAAGUAUUGCUUGUACUUAGAAACCUCCCCCCUCCCAAAUGUAAUCCAACAAGUGUCUUUUCUGUAUCUUGCGCCUUAAAACGAAAAAAACACUUGGUCCUCUUCCAAUUUUUGUUUACUUUUGGCCAUGCAAAAAAACCAAUAAUGAAAUAGAAAGGGGCUGUGUAGGUUUAUCUUCUUCCCAAUCUCUAGAUGUGAAGGUUUACAGUGUACCCCCCUUCCCCCUCCCAGAGCUGGGGGAGCCCUUACCCAAAUUUGGUGCCAGUAUGUAUACGGGGAUAACGGUGGGGGUGAAAACUGUACACUGACUUUAAAAUAAACAGUUCCAAUAAAGAUGCACAUGAUAGA